AUGAAAGAGGCUCGCAGUGGAGUCAGCACCUCCACAACAGCAUCCUUGGCGGCAGAGUCUAGUGACGCCAUGUUUGCCAGAGCGGGAGACGAUGAUGGUGAUCGAGAAAGGUUCCUUCGGGAAGAGAUGCCUUGCAGCUUGUGGUGCUGCUCGGCUCACUGCUCCAAAGACUUGGUUGCGCAAGUGUCCCCGGUGCCUCGUGUGCCCAGUCGAGACAUUUGCUUGGGGCUUGCUGACCUGACCAAUAUCCAGCCGAACUUCAACGGAGUUUGGAUAUGCGUGGAAGUGCGCGGCAACAUGGACAGGUUCUUGCAAGAGAUGGGGUUGGACGAGGAGCUCCGACAAGAGGCUGAACAUAGCAACUACGGUGCUUAUCAGCAGCGGCAAAUCAUAGUGCAGAGCGGCAACAACUUUGAGAUAGCCAACGAGUUGAAGGCUCGAGUUGUCAGCGUCUUUAGUGUGGGCGGUGGGGUUCAACCGAGUCGAGACCUGCACGGCAGGCCGUUGUUGCUUGAACCCAGCUGGGAUGAAGCAGGUGGCGUUUUGCUUGUCAGGAGCUACACCGCUGGCAUGCAGUUGAUUGUCCAGACGCAAAGGUAUUUGGAACGAGGCCGAAUGGUCAUGGAAAUAUCAACGCCGGCGGGCACCACGGUGAAGCGAAUCUUCGAAAUCGAUGCUGCAGGCUCCGCAACCGUGAGUGCAGUUUGA